AUGUCAGUCCUCUCCCGCAUCCGCCACUUCAGCACCUCCAUCCUCUCCCCCAACUCCUCCUUCCCGCUCUCCUCCAAGCAGAAGACCCGCUCCGCCCUCCACCUCUUCAAAACCGAGACCAACCCCGAGCGCAUCCUCGACAUCUGCCGCGCUGCCUCCCUCUCCCCGGACUCCCACCUCGACCGCCGGGCCUUCUCCCUCGCCAUCUCCAAGCUCGCCGCCGCCAACCACUUCGACGGCAUCCGCCUCUUCCUCGACGACCUCAAAUCCCGACCCGACCUCCGCGAUGAAAAGUUCCUCUGCCACGCCAUCGUCCUCUAUGGCCAGGCCAAAAUGCUCAACCACGCUCUCCGCACCUUCACGGACGAUCUCUCUCCUCCUCGCUCCGUCAAAUCCCUCAAUUCCCUCCUCUUCGCCUCCCUACUCGCCAAGAACUACAAAGAGGUAUCUCGAAUCUACCUGGAUUUCCCCAAAACCUAUUCAAUUCAACCUAACGUAGAUACUUAUAACACCGUUAUCAAAGCCUUCGCUGAAUCCGGUUCCUCCACCUCCAUUUACUCCGUUUUGGCUGAGAUGGAUAGGAACUCCGUUAAACCAAAUGUCACCACUUUGAAUAACUCACUCUCUGGUUUCUACCGCGAGGAGAAAUUUGAGGAGGUGGGGAAGGUGUUGAAACUGAUGGAGGAGAAGUAUAGUGUUUUUCCUGCUCUUAGUACUUAUAAUGUUAGGAUUCAGAGUUUGUGUAAGCUGAAGAGGUCUUCUGAGGCCAAGUCUUUGCUUGAUGGGAUGAUUAGCAAUGGGAGGAAGCUGAAUUCGGUUAGCUAUGCUUGUUUGAUCCAUGGUUUUUGCAGAGAGGGGGACCUUGAGGAGGCCAAGAGGUUGUUGAGGGACAUGAAGAGGAAAGGGUACUUCCCUGACGGGGAGUGUUAUUUCACGCUUGUGCAUUUUCUGUGUCGCGCCGGGGAUUUAGAGGCGGCUUUGGAGGUUGCUAAGGAGUGUAUGGGGAAAGGUUGGGUGCCAAAUUUUACCACCAUGAAGGGUCUUGUGAAUGGGCUUGCUGGUGCGUCGAAGGUGGAUGAGGCUAAAGAGAUUAUUAAACAGAUCAAGGAGAAGUUUGCUGAGAAUGGGGACAAGUGGGAUGAGAUUGAAGCUGCGUUGCCUCAGUGA